AUGGAAGCUACUUCCAAGCAAAACCAUGUCAGUGUAUUCAACAAAGAUACUCACUUCACUCUCUUAUCAAACUAUCUCCUUUCAAGAUGCACUCUCUUCCAUUUUCUUCUUCUAUAUUUUCUCCUCCUACUUUGUUUCCUUCUAAAAAAAUUGUUCUCAAAUCCCUCUCCUAUUUACCUCAUUGAUUUCUCAUGUCUUAAACCACCAAGCUCUUGUAGAACACCUUCCUCAACAUUUCUUGAAAACGCUUCUUUGUCUGAAUCAUGUCUCGAUAACGAAACCAUAGCUUUCAUGAAAAAAAUCCUUCAUUCCUCAGGCCAAAGUGAAGAGACUUGUCUCCCUCCUUCCUUACACUACAUUCCACCAAGAACUCAUCAUACUGAAUCCAUCAAAGAAGUUCACAUGGUUCUUUUCCCUAUCAUGGAUGAUCUUUUCGAAAAAACCAACCUUUCACCUUCUGAUAUAAACAUACUUAUCUUCAACUGCGGCGGAUUUUGUCCCUCGCCUUCUUUAACAUCUAUGAUCGUUAACAAAUAUUCUAUGAGAAGUGACAUUAAAACCUAUAAUAUCUCUGGCAUGGGAUGUAGUGCUAGUGCCCUUUGUAUUGAUUUGGCUUACAAUCUUCUUAGAGUGAACAAAAACUCUAAUGCUAUUGUUCUAAGCGCGGAGAGUUUGUCGAAUGAUUGGUAUAGAGGUAAAGAAAGAUCCAAGUUGCUUCUCAACUGUCUCUUUAGGAUGGGAAGUGCAGCAAUUCUUCUGUCAAACAAAAAAGAAGCAAGUAAAACCGCAAAAUACAAGCUAAUUAGGACACUUAGAACACAAAGAGCCUUUGAUGAUAAGGCUUAUUUUUCUGCUACAAAGGAAGAAGAUUCAGAUGGAAAACUUGGGUUUACACUUAAUAGAAACAUACCUGAGGUAGUUGGUGAAGCACUUGUUUCAAAUAUUUCCAUUUUGAGUUCUCAAAUGUUGUCAAUUUAUGAGAAAAUUUGGUAUAUUGUUUCUGUGAAAAGACAUAAGUUUAUAAAACCUGAUAUAAAGAGAGUGAUAGAUCAUUUCUGUUUACCUUAUGGUGGAGCUUUGAAAGAAGUAGGAAAAAAGUUGAAUCUUGGUGAGAGAGAGAUUGAAGCUGCUUUGAUGACACUGCAUAGGUUUGGAAAUCAAUAUUCUUCAUCAUUGUGGUAUCAACUUUGUUACUUGGAAGGCAAGGAAAGAGUACAUAAAGGGGAACAAAUUUUGGUACUUGGAGUUGGAAGUGGGACUAAGUGUUGCAGUGUGGUUUUGAAGUGUAUUAGGCCAAUAUUUGGUGAGGCUCAUAAGGGACCAUGGUUUCAUUGCAUUCAUCAAUACCCUACAUAUUAG